UUCCUCAGUUUGUCAAAAUGCAUUUAGAAGAAGGGAGGAAAUCACAGGCUGUUAUUCAAAAUGUGGAGUCAAAAUGGGUGCAGUGAGGAUAUUAAUCCUUCUGAUUUUACUGGAAUUAAAAGAGACAGAACCAGUGAUCCACUCUCUGAGGUAUUUCUACUCAGCAUCUUCAGGAUUACCAGACGUCCCAUCGUACAUGUCUGCUGGUUUUCUGGAUGAUGUUCAGAUCAGUUACUGUGACAGCAGAAACAACAGAAACAUUCCCAAACAGGACUGGAUGAACAAUGUUAGCUCAGAUAAUUCACAUUACUGGGAGGAGGAAACUCUAACAUGUCUGGCUAAACAGGAAACUCUCAAAGAAAACAUUGAAAUUGCAAAACUGCGUUUAAACCAGACUGGAGGAGUUCACGUCUACCAGCACAUAUACGGCUGUGACUGGGAUAAUGAGACAGGACAGGUCAAAGGGUUUGCUCAGAUAGGUUAUGAUGGAGAGGAUUUUAUAGCUCUGGACCUGAACACAUCAUUAUGGAUCGCUGCAAAGCCAGAAGCUGUCCUCACCAAACACAAGUGGGAUAAAAAUAAGUAUGCUUUACAAUAUGAGAAGUUUUACUUCUUAAAAGUUUGUGUUGAGUGGCUGAAGAAGUAUGAGAGAAGUGGGAGGAGAUCUCUGAUGAAAACAGUUCUUCCCUCAGUGUCUCUCCUUCAGAAAACGUCCUCCUCUCCAGUCAGUUGCCUCGCUACAGGUUUCUAUCCCAACAAAGCUGAAAUAUUCUCGAGAAAAGGUGAAAAACAGAUUCAUAAGGGAGUGGAAACAGGAGAAAUCCUCCCCAACAAUGAUGGGACCUUCCAGAUGAGCGUUCACAUCGAUCUGUCAUCUGUUGGACCUGAAGACUGGAGCAAGUAUGAAUGUGUGUUUCAGCUCUCUGGAGUGAAUAGCAUCAUUCAUAGACUGGAGAAAACAAGAAUCUUGACCAAUGAAUCAAAUACCAGCAUUGUGAUCAUCGCUGUUGUUGCUGCUCUGGCUGUUCUUGGUCUCAUUGCUGUGAUUGGAUUCAUUGUCUACAAGAAGAAGAACGCCAAACGUCCACCUUCUCCUGUGGCGUACUGUCAGCCUCCAGAGGAAACCCAGUUUCUGCCACACGCAUGAAAAAGCAGAAACAGACAAAUGCAAACAA